CAAAUUCCGAAUUCGUGACUGCGUGCGUCCCCAAGUUUCACGCCCAUUCGCCGACUUCGUUUGCUCCGUAAUCAUCAAUGAGAGGUUGCGUUCACUUAAAAGUGCGAUUCGUGCGCGUGUUGUUUACAAAUUGCGGGCUGCAUAGUGCGAAUUCAAGGCGCCACAACUUAUUUGCCAACUGGUCUCUGUAAAAUCCCGAGUUUCGCCGAGAUUUGGCCAAAUUAAGUGGUACGGUUGAGAGAGGGGGGCUUAAAAGCCCAGAGACCAGCUCACAAACACUUAGAAGAGCCACGCAUACCCUCACACUCACACACACGCUGCGCUCUUUUGUCUACGUCUUUGACUUUUUCUCGUUUGUAAUCAUUUUCCUCCCAUUCGUACGUGUUUUUUCUACAAAUAUUAGAGCUCGCGAGCUGCUAAUUAAAUUAUAAAACAUACAGAAGCGUUAAAGACGGGCCAAACCAAGCCCACAAUCCCCGCUCGUUGGCCUAUUUCGCUAAAAAAACGAAGGAAUCUUAAAGAGAGAGUGCCAAGAACGUCUGAAAAGCUUUCACCAAAUCUAGUUUUCCUGCUUGGACUCUCGCCCAGGAGCUCACUAUGUAGACUCAACCCAAAUCAUCAUCAUCAUCAUCAGCAGCAGCAGGGGAAAUCUACAAAAGAGCGAAAAUGUCUUUUAUCACCAACCUGAAGAAGGUCUUCCACCUCGGCGGGGGUGAGGCCAAGAAGAAGCGCCUGUACAACAACAUCAAGAUGGACACGGAUCCGGAGGAAUUCUGGGAAAUGGUCGGUGAACUGGGUGACGGGGCCUUCGGGAAGGUCUACAAGGCCCAGCACAAGGAGCAGAAACGCUUCGCUGCUGCCAAAAUGUGCCAGCUGGAGGACGAGGAGAACCUCAGCGACCACAUGGUCGAGAUUGAUAUUCUCUCGGAGAUCAAGCACCCCAAUGUGGUGGAGCUGUACGAGGCCUUCUCCCUCGAUGAUAAGCUUUGGAUGCUUAUCGAGUACUGCGAUGGCGGAGCCUUGGAUAGCAUUAUGGUGGAGCUGGAAAAGCCCCUGACUGAGCCGCAAAUUGCCUACGUCUGCAAGCACAUGACGGAGGGUCUUACCUUCCUGCACCGCAACAAAGUCAUCCAUCGCGAUUUGAAGGCAGGAAACGUGCUGCUAACCAUGGAGGGCGGCGUGAAAUUGGCGGACUUUGGCGUCUCGGCCAAGAACAAACAUACCAUGCAGAAGCACGACACCUUUAUUGGCACUCCCUACUGGAUGGCCCCCGAGCUGGUGCUCUGCGAAACGUUCCGGGACAAUCCGUAUGAUCACAAAGUGGACAUCUGGUCACUGGGAAUCACUCUCAUCGAACUGGCCCAGAUGGAGCCGCCCAACAGCGAGAUGUCGCCCAUGCGAGUGCUGCUCAAGAUUCAAAAGAGCGAACCGCCCAAGCUGGAACAGCCUUCCCGAUGGAGCAAGGAGUUCAACGACUUCCUUAAGAAGUCCUUAGUCAAGGAUCCACAAGUGAGGCCCACAACGGAUGUCCUGAUGCAGCAUGGCUUUAUCAACAGAAAUCUGGACGCGAAGCCCAUCAAAGAUCUGCUGCUCGAAUACAAGGCCGAGGUCGUGGAGGAAGUGGUGGACGAUGAGACCGAGGAACCCCGCAACUCGGCGCUCCAGCUCGACCUGGACGAUGACUCUGCUUCGCUGCAGAGCCAAGACAUUGACAAACUUCCAGGUACACCUACAUCCAUUUUGCGGGAUGCCAAAGAGCAGUCCCAACCAAGUAGCAGUUUACCAAUCGCAGCAGCGGCCACUGCAGCAGCAGCUACAACCACAACUAAAGCAACCACUCCGGACAGACCAAACCACACAAAGGAUGACAAUGCUGAAGCGGCAGCCCAGCAGCCGCCGCAUACCAAAGUGCCUGCUCCAGCGCCGCCGUCGUCUCAACAAACGCCACCACCGCAAGUCCAGCAGCCACCAACACCACCAGCCCAAAUCCCAGCGGCCGUGCUGCAAAAGAAACCCGAAGAUGUGGCAGCUGCAAAUGAAACAGCUGAAAAAACCGAAUCCGACAAGAAGCACUUUGUCAAAAAGGAAAAGGGCAAAGCGCCGCCCCCACCGUCACCCCUGGGCCUUACAAAUGCCAAGCCGCCUGCCAGCGAUUCCCAGACAUCUCCCAAAAAGCUGGCCACGCCCGAACCCGCCUCCUCAGUCACCACAGCCAUUGAGGUGGCCAUUGGCCAGGAGGCAAUUGAGCCGAAACCGCAGCCGCCCUCACCCACAGCUUCUUCUAUUGUGUCAGUGCAAUCGGUGGCCUCUUCCAGAUCCUCUGGCAGUGUCUCGAAUGCUGUCCUUAGUUCGAGUACAUCGUUGAUCACCAUCAACAGCGAUCCACCCACACCGCAGCAUCAUCAACAGUUACAACCACCACCGCAGCAUUUGGUACUGCCAAACAGUUUGGAAUCUGUGAGUCAGAUCACAGUGGUGACCAGCACCCAUCCGCCGGUGAUUAUCGACAACUCGGUGGUGCCGCCGCAGAACGAGGUGAUCAUUGUAUCCAACGAUCUAAACAAGAGCACUCACCUGCAUGAGUCCUCGACGGACGACGACUUUCCCUCGCUGGACGACAGUUUGGGCGAUGCCAGCACACCGCCCCACAAGCAAUCCUCCAUGAUAUUGGCUGUCAAUGAGCCGGCAGGAGUUGUUCCUACUCCUCCACCGCAGCCGCAAAUUUCUUCCACUGUCCACGCACGCAAGCUGGACGAGAGCGAGGUGUUGAUUGUGAGCCCCUCCUACGCGGAUGAUGACUCCGCCUAUAACACGGCAUCUGGCAGUCACAGUCACGAUCACAGCGACCAUCUGAUGGACACGAGCCACGUAUCCGUGGUUACCGUGGGCGAUGAGGGAGUCAAGGUGAAGGACAGCAGCAAUGAGCUGGGCAAGCGACAGCCCAACGGACUUGGCCUUGUGCCCGAGGACGUGAACAUCAUUGUGAACCGAUUCAAGCACGAGAAGCGAUCGCCGGACAGCUCGCUGAGCGAGAAUGGCUCGGUGCGCGGACGCCGGGGCAUCGAGGUGCUGGUGGGCGGCAGCGGAGGAUCCGACGUGGACAGCAUUGGCACCAACACUAGUCAAGACAGCCGGAACGAGACGGAUCACAAUAACAAGCAACAGUUGCAGCCACCAGCGGCAGUACUGAUGCCUCCACCACCUCCGUCGGUGACGAAUAACCACAAUCAUGAGACCAUUAACGAGGAUGAGGAGGUGGUGAUCCGGCCCAAAGCGAGGGUACCGCCCGUGGUCAAGUCUGUAAAUGCUCAAGGCCUUACCAAAGAGGAGAUUGAGCUGCGCAAUCUGCGCAAGAAGACACGAAAGCGAACCCGCAAGUUCGAGAUCGAUGGCGUGCAGAUGACCACCACCACGAGUCGGGUGAUCUACGGCGACGAUGAAAACGGACGAAUCUACGAUGACCACGACUUCCGCAAGCAGGAGCUGCGCGAACUUAAGAUGCUACAAAAGCAGGAGAAGAAACAGCAGACCGAGCUGUACGUGAAGGAGCAGCAGGGCAAGGAGCAGCAGGAUCGCCGCUUUGAGCAGGAACGAUCCUCGCUGGAGAAAACAUACGAGGCGGACAUGGACUUGCUGGCGCGUCAACACAAACAGCAGGUUGAAAAGACAGAGCAGGGGCAGGAGAAUGAGCUGCGCUCCACGUCCAAACGCAUUCGCGCCGAUCAGGAGCAGGAGCUGAAGAUCUUCCGCGAGAACCUUAAGCAAGAGAUCCGUCUGCUCAAGCAGGAGGUCGACCUGUUCCCCAAGGACAAGCGCAAGGAUGAGUUCAAGCAGCGCCGCUCGGCCAUGGAACUCGAUCACGAGGAGAAGGAGCGUGCCUUCCUGGAUUCCCUGAAGGAGAGGCAUGAGCUUCUAUUAAGGCGACUUAGCGAGAAGCAUCGUGACCACCUGGCCACCAUCAACCGCAACUUCCUGCAACAGAAGCAGAAUGCGAUGAGAACGCGGGAGGCACUUCUCUGGGAACUUGAGGAGAAGCAGCUUCAUGAACGCCACCAGCUGUCCAAGCGACAUGUAAAGGAACUCUGCUUUAUGCAGCGCCACCAAAUGAUCAUUCGGCACGAAAAGGAGUUGGAUCAGGUGAAGCGUAUGCUGCAGCGCAAGGAGGAAGACAUGGUCAAGAAGCAGACAAUGGAGAAGCGGGCGCUGCCCAAGCGAAUCCGUGCAGAGCGCAAGGCACGAGACCUAAUGUUCCGUGAAUCCCUACGUAUAUCCACGAUAGAUCCGGAUAUCGAACGCGAUCGCUUGAAGAAGUUCCAGGAGCAGGAGAAGAAGCGCUAUACGCAGGAGGAGAAACGGUUUGAGGUCAAGCAUCAAAAGCAAUUGGAAGAGCUGCGCGCCACACGCGAAAGCGCUAUAAAAGAGCUAGAGCAACUCCAGAACGAGAAACGCAGGGCUCUGGUGGAGCAUGAGCACUCCAAGCUGUCGGAGAUCGAUGAGCGACUGAAGGGGGAGCUGCGCGAGUGGCGCGAUCAGUUGGUGCCCCGCAAACAGGAACUGAUCAAACGGAUCAAGUUGGCCAUCGAUGAGCAUGAGAAUCGUUUCGGCCUGGUGAUCAAUCGGCAGGAGUUCGAGGAUCAAAAAGUAGUGCUGCCUGAGCACCUGCGCAACAUCUACAACGAUAAAACCUCGCGCCUGCCCCGCUACACUUUCAUUGAUCCACAGCAUAUACCACGCUCCCGCUCCUCGCUCAUGAUGAUGGGCGGCGCUGGCAGCCGUUUGUCCAACUUCCGCGGAUCAGCUCCAGAUCUUAGCCGCAGUGUGCCCAGUACUCCGAUCCUACACAAGCAACAGCGAUCGCAGAUGAUCAGCGAUUUGGUGCUAGAGGAAGACGAGGAGCAGAUGCUGAGCGAACAGAUGAAGCGGGCCAGCGUGACCACGCUGCCCGCUCAGAAUCAGCUGCGCCUAAUCACACAACUCCCAGCCAAUGAGCUGGUCAAGGUGGUGACCACCACUCCGCCAAUCAACAGCGCGGAGGAUACAAAUGGCAAGCCAGCCAUGAGCACGUUCCGGAGCAGCUCGUCACCAAAAACACCAGAUGACCUGGGCCUGGUGAGCAACCGAUUCAGCCGCCUGGAUACCACGGCAGCGGCGGAGGCCAGCGGCGUGGAGCUGCGCAUUCACGAGGGACCAGUGUUGACGGCCCACACUCAGCGCCUGCUGCACACCACCUCGUUUGCCAUCAAGCGACCUUCGCUGGCAAGUCGGAGCAGCGGCAGAUCCUCGCUGAGCAGUGCCCAGUCGAUGUACAACAUAAACGAGCUGACUACGCGGUUCACAAGCGAUGCAGACUUGAUUUUCGACUCCGGACGCAAAGCAGCUGCCCUUCUGGAUGAAGUACAGCCGCAGCUGAGGUCCUCCGUCAAGCCGGGACACAGUCGCCUCAAUGGAAGCGUGGCAUCGGCGGAUUCGGCCGCCUCCUCGGAUGAUUUCUACUACGAUCUGUAUGCGGCCAAGUACAGGUUGCCGAGGCAACUACAGCAGCGGCUGCAACAAGAGGUUAGUCCUUUGAUCUAUCCCCAGUGUGCUCCCCAACUAUACGAUAUGGGUCAAGGCUUUGCAAACAGACGCCUGGAGGAGACCUUUGCCCAGCAACUGGACGAAAUGGAGACCCUGUAUGGUGGCGCCCUGAUUGUGUCCAUGCCCUCGGACACGCUGCAGCGAGAUCACUUCACCGGCUCGACGCGCAGCAGCCUCAGUUCGUAUUCCGAGGGCUGAGGGCCAGAAACCUAAUGCCCGGGGACGGGAAGCCAGCCUGUCGAACCGGCAAACAAAGGAACUGCAGCGGCAGCAGCUAUGACAGCUAUGCAGAACGUAACAAAACAAUUGUCAGCCAUCCAUUAAGGCUUCCGCCAGAGAUUGAGCGCCUCUGCCUUUGCUUAUAUAUAUAUAUAUAGAGAGAGGGUAUAUAUUUUUUAGAUGGACAUGUAUGUAUGUGAGUCGUGCCAAGCAGCGCGUCGGGUCAAGCUUAAGUUUUUUUGUGUCGUAAAAACGUAUUGCAUAAGUUUAAUUUUAUUAUCUUGCAGAGUAUGUUAGCCUAUUGUUCUAUUAUUAUUAUUAUUAUUGUACAUGUCUAUCGAUCUGUCGAAAAAUCCAAUGCGUUGAAAUACCAUAUCUACGAUUUAUACAUGUCCACAUGUAUAUACAUAUAUGUUAUAUGUGCACGACCGUCAAGAGCAGAAUUAAAUCUACUUAAUAUUUAUCUAUGUUUAACACACCACACACACACACACUCCCGCAAACAAAAGGACAAACAUACGUAAACCAAACAAAUAUUUUUUGUUGACCUUAUCGCUAUUGUAAAUAUAUCUAUAAAUAUUUGUAUCUUAACUAUCCAACUUAACACACACACUUAGAGACAGAGACACAUCUACGGAAAAGUUUAGCAAAAGUUAAUAUGUGGCAACAGGAGAAAUAUGUGAGAUGUUGGGAUUCCAUAAAACAAAUUGUGUGAGCACUCGAGCUUCGAGUUGCAGACGGACGUAGAUAUGCAGAUGGAUAAUGAAAGGCCGUCGGGUAACGAUAAAAGAUAUUUAUAUUUGUAAACGUUUAUGCUUAUAUAUUUUA